AUGGAGUCCGCGUGGCCACAACCGACCUUUGACAAUUCCCAGUUCAAUGAUGUUUUCCGAUUUGCAGAGUCAUUCGAAUCGCAUUGCGCUCGAGUCUAUCACCAUGCUACCCGCUUUUCUGACGAGAGAGUGCCCGCAGACUAUGUGGUUGAAUUGGUCUUGCAGGCGUACAGGGCUGUGCGCAGUCUGCAUUUACACCACGCUGGCAAUACGUACCUGGACACCGAGACGGCCAUUGCUGCGCUUCAGAGCAGGGCCGCCCAGCACAGAGAGCCCAGAAAGAGGGCAGCUCCAGACCACCAGUCGCUCGCGAAACCUCAAGGCAGCCGGUGUCUCGACAGAAGAAUGGUGAAAAGCAAUUCGGCAGGAGAUGUAGAAAGAACCUUGGGCAAGAGGCUGGAAAGACAUAUUGAUGGGCUUUUGGAUGAUGACAUUGAAGACGAGGAUGAAGAUCCAGACUGGAGCGAGUCCUCGGAGGGAGAGCGCACCGAAGACGAGUACUAUGAAUAUAAUGAGGAAUCGUCAGAGAGCGAGGACGAGCCUGUCGGAUCCGCGCAUCGCAUGCAUCGAGUGCGCACGAUACAGGAACUUCCCGAGGACGACAUACCAGAGAUCAGCCGAUCACCGCCGAUAGGGCUUGUCAUUAAUGCAAAUGGCAAGAUGGCCCAUAAUGACGAUGCCUUUACUCCGCCGAUCAUGUCGACGGAGGAGCAAGCGACCCACGACCGCAUCUCGGCUGCUCUUCAGCGCAUCUCCGACAAAUUCGAAGACGCUGAGACGGUGCCGCUCACGCGCGUCUCUGCGCGUGAAAAUGAGCCAUUACAGCCUACGCCACCAUCGACAGAUGAUUCCAACAGUGAAGCGACAACAAUUAGGCCGGAAUCCAGCCCCGAGCCCUUGUCGCUCCUGCAGACAGCCACGGAUGAAGUUUCGUCUUCACUUAGAUUGACGAUGCGUCCUGCGCACGACACAUUAUCGCCGAACCAGAGGACGAGCAGUGGUGAGAUUCAUCAUGUGGUGUUACCUGGACGUCUCACAAGACGCGCAUCUGUCGCGGUGCUUCCUCGACGAAUCAAGACUGUUUGUCAUCGAUAUGUUCGUAAGGCAAUGAUGCCUCUGAGAGGAAAGAUUCAAUGA